AUGGAAAUAAUUAAAUGUUUGGACGAAGGAGAGAGAACCGCGCAAAUUGCUGUUUCCUUAGGAUUAAAGGCAUGUGCUAUCAGGCAAAUAAAAAGGAAUGCGGAAAAAAUUCGCGAACAUAUUAAGGCGGGCAUUUCUUCACCAGGAAGUACCAAAAUAGCAAAACACCGACCCUUUGUAUUAGAGAAGACGGAAAAAUUGCUGUAUACCUGGAUUCUCUACAUGAACCAGAGAAACAUACCAAUUUCAACUGCAGUCAUCCAAGAAAACCAAGCCUUCGAAUUUAAUGCAAGUCGAGGAUGGUUCGGCAAGUUAAAAUCAAGAUUUGGUUUGCAUAAUUUAAAAUUGGCUGGAGAAGCGGCUAGUGCUGGUUAUGAAGAAGUGAACAAAUUCCCCGACAUGCUUAAAAGUAUUGUUGAUGAAGGCGGUUACAGCUCGAGACAAGUUUUUAAUAUUGAUGAGACAGGACUUUAUUGGAAGCGUUUAACAUCAGUCUCCAAAGAUUGGCUUACUCUUGUUUUGGGCGGAAAUGCCGCUGGUGAUUUCAAACGGAAGCCUCUACUGACUGAAAAUUUAAGGGCCUUAAAAAUGCUUUCGAAAACCACGCUGCCAGCUAUUUGGAGACAUAAUAAAAAGGGUAACUUCGUCGCACAAAGUUUUGCUAUUAGUCGAUAA